CACGACUGUCAACGGAUACUGACGGAGGCUUCGAAAAUGCUUUGGCAGACGCGCGCUGAUUUCGUUGGCUUAUUCGUGUGAUUCGGACUGACUCGGACUCGAAGAGUGGAAGAGUCGUGAAAUCAUGUGGCCGAUGCGAUCGGAGAUGACUCGCGACGAGUGCAGGAAGUGCCUACGAUGCCUCGAAUUAGAUGCUUAUGGAAGUAUGGUUUCUGUUCUACGUGCUCAAGGUCCUUUCACCAACGAAAAACAGAAAUUAUUGCAAGAACUUGCUAAAGUAUUACAUAUCUCCAAUGAAAGACACCGUGCUGAAAUACGAAGAGCUGUGAACGACGAGAAACUUGCAACAAUUGCAGAACAACUUAAUGGUCCAAAUACUGGUAUAGAUUGGACUCUUGAAGGUCGUCGAUCUAUUCCUCUUUUGCCAAGAUUGAAGGCACGAUCUGCAUUUACGACAUUAGCAAAUAGCCUAUCCUUUACCACUGCGAUUGCAAACAAUAAGGAACCUGAUAGAUGUAAUAUUGUUAGACAAUCUGAAAAUUCAACAGUGUUAACAGCUGCUGAAACUGAAUCUCAUCCUAGCAUAGAAAUGGGAGAAAGCUUAUCUGUUGAUUCAAAAUUAAAUAGUUUAGACAUAGAAGAUCUCGACAACGGUAAAACCUCACAAGAAAAUUCAAAUUUGAUCGGAAAUGAGACGAUAGAUAAUAAAGAUGUACUUGAUAAAGUUACUGAAAAGUCCAAGGAGUCCUCUCGAAAACGCAAAUCUCCUUCUCCGUUGCCGAUGGCACCACCGAAUAAAGUUCUAGUAAUAUCUGAGCCAUCGAACCAUAUUUUGCGGACUUCUGAAAAUAAGCAAUCACAAGUUCUACAAGUAACCAAACAUCAAAAUUUUGCGUUAAUUAAGGUUAACGAGACCUCAGAUUCUGUGGAGAGCACAACAGUAUCAGAAAAGCCGAGUGAGUGCACCACAGUUUCAUUAAACAAACAUGUAGUUGUUACUUCCGUAUGCACAAAUCACGCCAGCAAUCCUAAGAUGGCAGUAAACACUGACCAGAAUAAAAUUAAUACCAAAGUAGUGCCAGCAAUAUCAAGCUGUAUAUUGAGUAUAAAUAAAGUGCAUUCAAGUAAAGACACACAACUUCAAGAUAGCACAAAUGGUACACAAAAAACUCAACCUGAUAAUAUUAACUCCAUGUUAUCUGAUAAUAUUAGUUCAAAUCCAUCAACUACAAAAAACUCUAUGACGCUUUGUGACCCAAUAAUGCAAAAUUAUACUAGAAUGACAACUCGACUUACACAAUCAAUGCCCGUGUAUCCUGGAACUACAGUAUCGAGCGGACCUGGGCCACCUCAAGUUAAACAAGUUCCCAUAACAUUAAUGUGUACGAAACUGCCAUCGGAACAAAUUGUAACCUUUGAUCAAUCCACUGCCAAAACGGGUAUUUUUCCCAAGAAAGUUAUAAAUAUGCCUCAUUAUAACACUAAAUUAAAUAAAGCUAACGUAAUCGUUAUCCAGAAGGCAAAAUCCGUAACACUAUCACAUGCAGGCAAGGAAGUGCUAGGGAAAGUAAUAAUGGAAGGAAAGAAUCUGUGCGUUACGAGCCAACAUAAUGCAAACUCGAUCAACGUUCAACCCCAUCAUAUUUCUCUGAAUAAUGGAGAUCAAACGAAGACUAUGCUGCCAACUGUAAACUCGCCACAGAAUGCGGAAUCUGUCAAAACGAAUAUAAAGGUAAUUUAUUAUAUUUUACUGCUAUUGUCUUGUUUAGUCCAAGCCGAUACGAAUCUGCUAGAAUCUUCAAAAUCGUUGGGAAGCAAGGAAAUACUGGUCAGGCCAAAGCAAGUACAUGAUGAUGUUGAAGAUGAUGUUCGAAUAGAAAAAUCUGACGAAAAUAUCGAUACGUUUAAUGCGACGUUAGAAUCGACAAAUAAAAAUUUGCAGAGCUUCCAGUAUCUAAUGGAUAACGACGAGAAUAAUGAUUUAGAAAAAUCAUCGAGAUCAAUGGAGACCGUAAACCAGAUGGACGAGCAUGAUGACUCGUAA